AUGAAACCAAUUCAAAUGAGUGUUUAUGAGGCUCCAGUUCAUUGUUGUAACAUUGAGAAGGAAGGAAAUGACAAUAACCCCUGGUAUCAAGAUAUAUUGCGAUAUGUGAGAGAUUGUCAAUACCCUGAGCAGGCCAGUGAAAAUGACAAACGAACUUUGAGGAGGUUAGCUUGCAACUAUGUUUUAGAUGGAGAUAUCCUGUACAAAAGACGAAAAGACCAAGUACUUUUGAGAUGUGCCAAUGCUGUAGAAGCUAAGCUAAUUUUAGAAGAAGUUCAUGAAGGUGUAUGUGGGACACAUGCAAAUGGAUUCAUGAUGGAAAGGUAA